AUGGCGCAAACUCAGCAACCCGUGCAGCUGCCGCCACUGCCGCAGCCCAUCGCCCAGUUCAGCGCGACCGUCGCCCGCACGACCGAGACCAUCAUCCUCAAGGAAAAGGUGAUGUCGCUCUCCGGCGACAGCUUCGACAUCAAGACGGUCGACGGGCGGCCGUACCUCAAGGUGCAGGGCCGCCACGCGACCAUCUCCGGGCGCAAGUCUGUCUUUGACAUGGCCGGCAACCACCUCUACGACAUUGUCAAAGAGCACCUACACCUACAUUCGACGUACGCCGCCGAGACGCCGGAUAAGCGCAAGUUUCUCGAGAUUAAGAGUUCCAUCAAGCUGUUUGGCUCCAAGGCGACGGGCACGUUUACGGCGCCGGACGGCCGGACGCACGUCUUUUCGAUGCGCGGCGACUGGUUGGACUCGCAGGCGGACAUUGUGCUGGGCGAGGACAAGCAGGGGCCGGUGGUGGCGCGGAUCGAUCGCAAGUUCUUCAACAAGAGGGAGUUCUUUGGCGGGCAGCAGACGUACGCGGUGACGGUGGCGCCGGGGAUGGAUGUGGCCUUGGCGGUGGCGUUUUGCAUUGCGUUGGACGAGAAGAAUAACGAGAAAUGA